AUCGGCGGGAUGAGCGGGAGCGGCGCCCCCGGGCCCGGCGCGGCGCCCUGCCGCUUCGCCCACUACUUCGUGCUGUGCGGCAUCGACGCGGAGAGCGGGCUGGAGCCCGACGAGCUGGCAGGAGAGAAUUUCGACCAGAGUCCCUUAAGGAGAACCUUCAAGUCCAAAGUUUUGGCCCAUUACCCUCAGAACAUCGAGUGGAACCCCUUUGACCAGGAUGCCGUCAACAUGCUGUGUAUGCCCAAAGGGCUGUCCUUCAGGACGCAGGCAGAUAACAGGGAUCCACAGCUCCACUCAUUCAUCAUCACCAGAGAGGAUGGCUCUCGUACGUACGGCUUUGUGCUCACGUUCUAUGAGGAGGUCACGAGCAAGCAGAUCUGCACAGCCAUGCAAACGCUGUACCAGAUGCACAAUGCAGAGCAGUACAGCAGUGUCUGUGCCUCCUCCUCGUGCAGCAUGGACUCCCUGGCCAGUAGCAUCGACGAGGGCGACGCCACGUCCCUCGCCAAGCUCCAGCGGUACAAUUCCUACGACAUCAGCAGAGACACGCUGUACGUCUCCAAAUGCAUCUGCCUCAUCACCCCCCUGCCCUUCAUGCAAGCCUGCAAGAAGUUCCUGAUCCAGCUCUAUAAGGCAGUGACCUCCCAGCAGCCGCCUCCGCUGCCCCUGGAGAGCUACAUCCACAACAUCCUCUAUGAGGUGCCCCUGCCGCCCCCGGGGAGGUCGCUCAAGUUUUAUGGGGUUUACGAGCCCAUCAUUUGCCAGAGGCCUGGGCCCAACGAGCUGCCGCUCUCUGACUACCCACUGCGGGAGGUCUUCGAGCUGCUGGGCCUGGAGAACCUGGUCCAAGUUUUCACCUGCGUUCUUCUGGAGAUGCAGAUCCUUCUGUACUCGCAAGAUUAUCAGCGUCUGAUGACAGUGGCAGAGGGAAUCACAACGCUGCUGUUCCCGUUUCAGUGGCAGCAUGUGUACGUCCCCAUCCUUCCUGCCUCUCUCCUGCAUUUUCUGGAUGCUCCUGUUCCCUACCUGAUGGGGCUGCAGUCUAAGGAGGGGACCGACCGCUCCAAGCUGGAGCUGCCUCAGGAGGCAAACUUGUGCUUUGUGGACAUCGAUAACCAUUUCAUCGAACUGCCGGAGGAAUUCCCCCAGUUCCCCAACAAGCUGGAGUUUAUCCAGGAAAUCUCUGAGGUCCUCCUGCAGUUUGGGAUCCCCCCAGAGGGCAACCUGCACUGCAGUGACAGUGCCACCAAACUCAAGAACUUGGUUCUUAGUGACUUGGUGAAUGACAAGAAGAAUGGGAACAUCCCCAGCAACGCCCUCAACAUGUACGAGCUGCUGAAGGGCAACGAGACAAUCGCUCGCCUGCAGGCCCUCGCCAAAAGAACGGGCGUGACGAUGGAAAAAAUCACAACCCCCCUCACAGAGGAGAAGGAUGGCAAGCUGUCAUGCGAGGAGCUUGAGCUGAGGGACUACAAACUGAACGUGCAGCUUCGUGAGGUUUUCGCCAACCGCUUCACACAGAUGUUCGCAGACUACGAGGCUUUCGUCAUCCAGGCUGCCCCUGACAUGGAGUCGUGGCUGACUAACAGGGAACAAAUGCAAAACUUUGACAAAGCUUCCUUCCUUUCGGACCAACCUGAGCCUUACCUCCCAUUCCUUUCACACUUCAUCGAAACACAGAUGUUUGCAACCUUCAUAGAUAAUAAGAUAAUCUCCCAGUGGGAAGAGAAGGACCCUUUCCUACGAGUUUUUGACUCCCGAAUUGAGAAAAUAAAGCUGUAUAAUGUAAGGGCCCCUGCACUGCGGACAUCCAACUACCAGAAAUGCAGCACUUUGAAGGAAGCAGCCCAGUCCAUCGAGCAGAGGCUGAUGAAGAUUGACCACACAGCAAUCCACCCACACUUACUCGACAUGAAGAUUGGCCAAGGGAAGUACGAGCAAGGAUUUUUCCCAAAGCUGCAGUCGGAUGUCCUGGCAACAGGACCCACCAAUAACAACCGCUGGGCCAGCCGCAGCACCACCACGCAGCGCAGGAAGGACCGACUGCGGCAGCACUCAGAGCACAUCGGCUUGGACAACGAUUUGAGGGAGAAAUACAUGCAAGAGGCAAGGAGUUUAGGAAAAAAUUUAAGGCAGCCCAAGCUCUCAGACCUCUCUCCGGCUGUGAUUGCACAAACCAACUGGAAGUUUGUGGAAGGGUUACUGAAGGAAUGUCGCAUGAAGACUAAACGCAUGUUGGUAGAGAAGAUGGGUCACGAAGCAGUUGAGCUGGGACAUGGAGAAGCCAACAUAACAGGCCUGGAGGAAAAUACAUUGAUUGCUAGCCUCUGUGAUCUGCUAGAAAGGAUCUGGAGCCAUGGUCUGCAGGUCAAGCAGAAGGGAAACCCAGAGGGAGGACAAAGAAACAAGGGGAAAUCUGCUCUGUGGUCCCAUUUGCUUCAGUACCAAGAGAGAGAAGAGAAGCAGGAGCACAGUGCAGAGUCACCAGUUGCUCUUGGAACAGAAAGACGAAAGUCUGAUACAGGAAUUACUCUGCCUUCAUUGAGGGUUUCCCUGAUACAAGAUAUGAGGCAUGUUCAGAAUAUGAGUGAGAUAAAGACUGAUGUGGGGCGAGCCCGAGCCUGGAUAAGGCUUUCUCUGGAGAAGAAGCUUUUGUCUCAGCACCUGAAGCAGCUGCUUUCCAACCAGGCACUUGCAAAGAAACUUUACAAGCGUUACGCUUUCCUGCGCUGCGAGGAAGAACGGGAACAGUUUCUGUAUCACCUGCUCUCGCUCAACGCUGUGGAUUACUUCUGCUUCACAAGCGUCUUCACCACAAUCAUGAUCCCUUACAGGUCAGUGAUAAUUCCCAUCAAAAAACUGAGCAAUGCAAUAACCACAUCAAACCCGUGGAUAUGUGUGUCAGGAGAACUAGGAGAUACUGGCGUAAUGCAGAUUCCUAAAAAUCACCUAGAAAUGACAUUUGAGUGCCAGAACUUAGGGAAGCUGACGACCGUUCAGAUUGGCCAUGACAACUCAGGGCUGCUGGCCAAGUGGCUGGUUGAUUGUGUCAUGGUCAGGAAUGAAAUAACAGGACACACGUACAAGUUCCCCUGUGGGCGAUGGCUGGGAAAAGGUGUCGAUGAUGGCAGUUUGGAACGGAUACUCAUUGGAGAGCUGGUGUCCUCCACGUCUGAUGAAGAGCUGGGAAAGCAGUGCCGGACCCCACCCCAGCAGAAAUCUCCUACCAUGGCUCGGCGACUGAGCAUCACUUCCCUCACAGGCAGGAACACCAAGCCUAAUGCGGGACAGAUCCAAGAGGGAAUCGGGGAAGCUGUGAACAAUAUUGUGAAACACUUUCACAAGCCAGAGAAAGAGAGAGGGAGCCUUACCAUUCUCUUGUGUGGAGAAAACGGUCUGGUUGCAGCACUGGAGCAGUUCUUCCACCAUGGAUUCAAAUCAGCUCGCAUUUUUCAUAAGAACGUCUUUAUCUGGGAUUUCAUAGAGAAAGCUGUUGCUUAUUUUGAAACCAGUGAUCAGAUUGGAGACAAUGAGGAGGCCCUUUUGCUUCAGAGAUCUUCAUGCAAAACCUUCUGUCAUUACGUGAAUGCCAUCAAUACAGCUCCAAGGAACAUUGGAAAGGAUGGCAAAUUCCAAAUCCUGGUUUGCCUGGGGACGAGGGACCACUUGCUCUCCCAGUGGAUCCCAUUACUGGCAGAGUGCCCGCCCAUUACCAGGAUGUAUGAGGAGAAUGCUCUCCUACGGGACCGCAUGACUGUCAACUCUCUUAUCCGAGUGCUACAGACGUUGCAAGAUUUCAACAUCAUCCUAGAAGGAUCACUCAUCAAAGGAGUGGAUGUUUAGCAUGGCUUUGCUGAGAACUUCAUUAUUCCUUUCCCAAGCAAGCAAACCACAGUUGGAGACCUGUCAGGACUUGAAGACGAUGGUAGUGCACCACUGUAAGGCAAAGCUGCCGGUUGAAGCAGAAUUGGGAAGCCCAGUUUGUGCCCGGUGGGGACUGUCCUCUAAAGCUGCAGAAAGCUAAGAUGCAGUAUUGUAGUUUAUUUGAAACAGAAAUUUAGUACAAAAAUAGAGUAUUUUCAUGUGUUUAGAUGUGUGUAAAUAUGCUAUCUUCUUUCAGAAAUUAUAUUACUCUAAGAAGUUUUUCUUAGACUGAAUGUUCUUGUUCUGACUAUGAGUAGGUUAAACCCGGGGGAAGGACUUGGGGGAGGGAAGGACCAAGGUGGGAAGGGAUGCAGCUACUUGCUUGCAAGGAAGAAGCCAAUCGGUGUGUAAAUACAGCGCAAACUCAGCAGGGCUUUUUUCAGGUAUUGCAAAUUAAUACAGCAAAUAUCCUUAUGUAGCCAUUGUGAUUGUGUCACUCUUGGAAAUGUUGUAAGCAUAUGCUGGUUUACCCUACUGAACAUGGUCUCUCUUAGUUUUUUGUUUAUUUGAAGACUCACUUUUCCAUGCAUGGAAGUUGUGAGCUGUCAUUUUUUUUUUUCCUGUAAGUUCUUUUGUGUCACUUCUGUUGAUCCCCAAAAGGGGAAACGUGUUGGAUUGCUUAAACGCUGGAGAGGAGGACUGCUGUCAGCCUCAGAACCUGAGAGUAUGAGACACCUGUUAAAGCAGUGCUGCUGCAGCCUGAUAUAGGGAAUCAUGGCUUGCUUGACUCACUCAGUGUGUCCCUUUUCUGUCUGCACAUUCUGAUGAUUCCUCCUCAUCCUCGGCCAGUUUAUGUUGUGGAUGACCUUUUUUUUUUUUCCCCCACAUUGAGGAAUUUGGUUUAUACCAAAUUCUUACUGUGCUUGAGAAGAACCAUUGCUGUAGAGCCACAAACACCGAUGUUUGCUGUGCUUCUGAACUCUAUCAGCUGGCUUCGAAAUGCCGACAGAUUAUAAGUCUUCCUUUAUCCUGCAGAAUGAGUGUUCCUAGGGGAGUACAGGAUCUUUGAUUACUUUUUUUUUUUUUUAAUUUAAAUUAUCCAGCUACAAAAAGAAAAGGACUUCAGUAAAAGGAG